CCACAAAAGGGAAAUUCCGAAACAGCUGUUCCGUUGGCGCUUCCCUUUGAAUGCCAAAAGGGAAAUUUCGGUUUGGUUGCCGUGGAGAUCGCGACUAAAAAAACGUCUGUUUUAAAUUAGUCGCUUGUAUUAGCGUUUGAAAAUAGCACACCCAAUCGCGGAAUGGAUGCCAGUGUGGAGGAGAAUGCUCCUGAUCACAAGGAGGCCGUUGGCAAAUUGGCCAAAGCGGAGGAGUCCGAGAAGCCAGCGAACAGCAUUGGACUGCUGCCCGUUAUGAUAUUUCUGGCGGCGACGGUGACCACGGCCGUGGUGGUGGAGCUGCUGCCCCAUGCCAGCAGGGUUUUGCCCUGGAAGUCGGCGGAUUCUGCAGAGGAUCAGCUGCAGCCACCGCCCACAUAUGCGAUCUUCGGGCGCAGUCCCACGGAGGAGCACCUGGUGCAUGUGGUCGGUGUGCUGCACAGGUUCGGUUACCGCAGAGUGGGCGUAAACGAGAGCUGGAAUCUGCUUUGGGCCCACGAUUAUCCAUUCCUCUCCAUCGCCAAUCUCAAGAAUCUCGGACAGCAUCAGGUGGUGAACCACUUGCCGGGCUGCGGUUACCUAACCAACAAGGUGGACCUGUGCACCACGCAGCUGCCUUUUCUGCCACGCGCCUUUCGCUUGCCAGCGGAACGACAGGAGUUCCUGGACUACGCCAGGGAGCAUCCACAGGCACUGUUCGUCCAGAAGCACAACGAGCAUCGGCACAUCAAGGUGCGAGCACCCGCUGACAUCGCCUUCGGAUCGAACGACUCCUUUGUGCAGGAAUUCGUGCAACGGCCCUACCUGGUGGAUGGCCACAAGUUCGACAUUGGAGUCUAUGUCGUCAUCACCUCGGUGAAUCCCUUGCGAGUGUACAUCUACACGGGCGACGUUCUGUUUCGGUACUGCCCGGUGAAGUACCAUCCCUUCGAUGCCGAGAAUGUGGACAAGUACAUUGUGGGGGAUGACUAUUUGCCCACCUGGGAGGUUCCUUCGCUGCGCAAGUACUACAAUCGCUUUGGCGGCAGCAUGCGCACCGUUUUCGAAGCCUAUGUCCGAGAUCAGGGCAAGGAUCCCGCUAAGAUUUGGCCUCAAGUAGAGCACAUUGUACGUACCACGAUUGCGGCCAAGGAGCAAGACAUCGUUAACAUACUGCGAUCCUACAGGACGCACAACUUUUUCGAUCUGAUGCGUUUUGAUCUCUUUAUCGACGAAGAUCUAAAAGUUUUCCUCAUGGAGGCCAACAUGUCUCCCAAUCUCUCUUCUGCUCAUUUUAAGCCCAACUCCCUGUUGUACGAGCAAGUUCUAUACAGCGUGUUUAAUCUGGUCGGAAUAAAGCCACUCACGUCAACAAGUGGCACAUUGCUCGGCGAAAGCAGCGAGAUGGUCACAGCUGAUAAAAACCUGGCCACGGACUUGAACAAAUGCGCUGCACACGAUUGCGACAAGUCCUGCAACAAGGAGGAGUGCGAUCUUUGCCUGCAAUGCCUUAGUGGCUCGGAGUACAAGAUGCUGCAGCAGGCUCAUCAGGAGCACUUGCAUCGCGUUGACAUGAAGCGCAUAUUCCCCAAACCCAUUCACGAUCCAACGAGUUUCAACCUUUUGGAGGAAACUGCCAACAUGUCAAAGAAAAACGCAUGGAUGACCCGCUGGUUCUACAAAAAAUGCCAAUUCGAUGCUGCCUGGUGCAAUUAGAUCAAUUUAAUGCUCUACUUAUGUAAAUACUUACUGUGACGUGGUAACCUCGUAUGCUCAGCAUUAGUUAAUUGGCCACCGAUACUUAAUUCUUAGUUCUUAAUAGAUAAAAUAGCAUAUUGGCUUUAUGUUGCAAAUGGAAACCAUCUAGACACCUUGAUUGACAACGAAAACAUGUACAAAUGUAAACCGUCCUUAAAUUAAUUUAAAUUCGAAUCUCUGUUAAAUUGUUUAAGCAAAAAACUGCAUAUAUGAUAAAUAUUUAAAAAGAA